UGUGCGUGGGAACUCUCCGAAAAAGUGUUCUCAUUACCUCGUAUAUAUUUUCUUAAUUGUAACGGGAAGUUGUUUGUGGAGAAAUACAACUUUGAGCUGCGAGGAAUUGACUUUUAUAGAGCGUUUUAAAAGUUCCGCUCAGGACAUAAGGCAAGGCAGAGAUGCCUGAUCAGAUGUCCCAGCGUCUAAUUCGGGGGAGGGAUGGCGUGGGACUCUCCAGACACUUUGAAGCCUCCACGUCGGAGCCUGGUGAUCCAGUGAUCGCCAUCAUCGGCUCAGGGGAUUACUCCCGCUCUCUCGCCACAAGGCUGGUGGCCUCCGGCUACCAGGUGGUGGUCGGGAGUCGAAACCCCAAAAGAUCUGCGUCUUUGUUUCCAGAAGAAACAGAGGUGACCUCUCAGAAGGAGGCAGCUAGCCAAGCAGACCUGGUGUUUGUGGCGGUCUUCCCCGAACACUACUCAACGCUGGUGGAACUGAAGCCAACACUGGCAGGAAAGAUUCUUGUUGAUGUUAGCAAUGUCUUAUAUAUCAGAGAAGCUGGACCGUCCAGUGCAGAACAGCUGGCUGACCUGUUUCCGGAGAGUUUCGUCGUAAAAGGCUUCAACACUGUAUCUGCCUGGGCACUCCAGAUUGGUCCCCGCGAUGGAAGCAAGCAGGUCUUCUUGUGUAGUAAUAGUUCUUCUGCUAAAAGCGCCGUCAUGCAGCUGUGUAGAAGAAUGGGCUUCACUCCUGUCGACAUGGGCUUCCUCUCCUCCUCCCUGCAGAUUGAAAAUCUCCCACUCCUUCUCUUCCCCUCCUGGAAAAUGCCCGUCUUCUGCACCAUCUCCCUCUUUGUCGUCUUCUACCUCUACAACUUUGUCCACGAUGUUUUGCAUCCUCUCAUCACAGCUGGCAAGAAAACUUUUUACAAAAUGCCCAUCGACACCGUCAACAUCACCUUACCAUGCGUGGCCUUGGUCCAGUUGUCUCUUGUUUACAUACCUGGACUGUUGGCAGCUUUUCUCCAACUUUAUCGAGGCACUAAAUACAAUCCUUUUCCCAACUGGCUGGACCUUUGGCUCACAAGGAGGAAGCAGUUUGGACUUUGCAGUUUCCUGUGUGCAGCACUGCACGCAGUCUACAGUCUCUGCCUGCCAAUGAGAAAGUCUGCAAAAUACAAGCUACUUAACGCUGCUUUCAAACAGGUGAAGGAAGGUGUUGAGGACUCGUGGGUGGACGAGGAGGUGUGGAGGAUGGAGCUCUAUCUGUCUGUGGGCAUCAUGGCGCUGGGCCUCCUGUCUCUGUUGGCCAUCACCUCUCUGCCGUCAGUGGCCAACAGUGUCAACUGGAGGGAGUUCAGCUUCAUUCAGAUGCCCCAGAUUUCAUGCUAAACUGUGACAAAGACAUCAGCAGGACUGUGACUCACCUCAUUUCCAUCCUCUCUUCCUCUUCUUGUGUCUCUCUCUGUCUCUUUUUUUUUUUUUUUUUUACGGUCCUGUUAAACUAAUCGGCUGUAUGUCACGUUAUGAGUCUGUCAUAACUGUCAGCCGCAUGAAUCAUUAUAAAGCAUCAGCUCCGAAUGAUUCCAGUCUCCGUGGGCUGGGUGCAGUUCAUGAGCUGUGGAAGUAAAACACACAAGACGGAAGCUCACUUCACUUGGUCUUGCAAAGUGCUAUAUGAAGGAGUGACAUUCAUGUCUCACCAAACCACGCCACAGAUUCAUUUGUUUUUAUUUGUAAUGUGAUGAAGCUCAACAGGAUGAACACAGAACACUUCAGUUUAAUUUCUCACAAAAUUGAAAUUGUAUAUAUAUAUAUGCAGAUUGUGUAAAUCACAGGUAGCUGGCAAUCAUCAAUCAUAUUUAAAAAUAAAAGUAGGUUCCAUGUAGCUACUCUGUUAUAGUUGUCAAGCUUUCGCUGAUAACAAGACUGGUGGGAGACUGUGUACUCUAUGAUGCACCUCAGCGUGAUGCUUCAGUAUCUCCCCAUUUAUUCAACUGAUCUGCUGUUGGGGGUAAGACUUCUCCUCAGAGAACCAUGAAGAUACUGUAUUACUUCUGGCCAUUUAGACAAAACAAAUUGUGGGCACAUUCACCUUGGUGCUUCACCCAGUUAAUAAUUUCAACCUGUGUCAGAUAGAAAAGACUCACAUGCUGUGCUGGACUCGUAAUCGGGGCCAUGCCGGGCAGUGGUGGGGUCGUCUCAUAUUUUCGGCCGGAGCCAACCAAUUAAAAUUCAGUGCAAAUUGACAGCGCGUUGGUUCAAGCUGACCAAUCAAAGAUGGACCUGGUGGUGGUGGCAUAGUAGAAACACAGUAGAUCAAAUAAAAGUUCUGUAAUUCAGCGUGGUUUCCACUUGGUGGAGUCAGAACACACAGAAUGAGGUCACUCCCAACCCAAACCCGGGUCAUACUGCAUAUUUUGAACUCAUUUUCCAGCUGCUGUACAGCUAUUUGAAAUGGUGACAUCAAAGUCAAAAUCAUCCAAUUCAAUAUCAUUAAAAAAAAACCCUAAAGGGUUACUCAGCUUAAUUGUUCUUUGAAAGAGAAAAACCACUAACUACCACCUGUCUAUCUUGUUCAGAUUGUCAGUGCUAUUAAAGAAAAUACUGUUGUAAAAGUGGUAUUUUUUAAUGGCUUGUAGUCUGAUCUGAUUCAUUUUUAAUUUCCUAAAAAUGUUAAAAUAACACCUACUUUGGCCCUUGUUUUCACCCCAUUACAGUCACUGUCUCCAUGACUAUAUAUUGUUAAGAAGGUUGCAGUGUUUGUAUUACUACUGAGGAUCCUUCCCAGACCAUGUAGGCUACAACUGAGCCUAAAUAAAACAGAUCAAACAAAUCAAUUCAACACAGCUAGAAAAUUUAGCUCACAUGAGCCAAUUUGAGAUGAAUGAAUUUUGCACAUCUCCUUCAAAUGAAUGAUAAGCACUGGUUUGUAGGUUUGUGAGCAGUUAGUUUCUGUGCCAAUUCUCAUGUGCCCAUACUGCCUUCACGUGUCAAUACCUCUGUGCCAUUGCAUUUUUCUGUGUUGUCCUCAUGUAGAAGAGUCGAGUCCUGAUGUCUCAGAGUUGUCCACGUCACAUGAAAACUGCUGAACAUGCUCUUCAAACCUAGGUGCAGCAAUAUCAGAGAGGAGGUUGAGGGGAGACUGUAUUGGGGCCCUUCAUCACUGUAUCAGGGAGGAAGAAAUGUUUGCGAUCAAUGAAUGGCCCACGAUGAACAGAUUUUUUUUUUUUAUGAGGAAGAUAACGUGAGACUUGUCACAGUAGUGACACAGAAACAGCUUUGCAUUUGACCAGGAAACGUCAGCAUGUUAGUAACAUAUUACACUUUUUAUGAGUUAGUAUUGGUGGGGGGGUUAUAAACACUGUAUGAUGACCGAAAAGUUCUUUCUCUUGAAUGAUUUUAUGACAUUUGAUUGUGGAAAUGUUUGUAUUUUGAGUCAUCAUAUUGUAUUUUAGAUCAUAUUUUAACACCUCUCAAGAUUCUGCUGCAGUCAUAGGUGCCAUCUCUAGUUCUGACUGCACCAGUGUGAAGAACCACAUUAGUCGACUUAAAUCUGAUGAAAUUUUAAACAUGCAGUGAUAAAAUAUGGGUUACAUUUUAGAUUAAAUAAAAUUAGGGAACAUAUAUAGAUUAUUUAUAAGAUGAUUGCUUGCUUGUUUACUGUCAAUAGUCAGUAUUUAUGAUGUUGUUUAGAGUGAGCUUUUGAUGACCAUUCCUGAAUGAAAUGCAGUCAAGUAUAACAAGACACAAAUACUUCACAAUGAGUCUUUAAAGGGUAACUGCUGGUGCACAUACAAGUAGUUUAGUUAUGGUAAUAUAUGUUCCCUAAUCUAAAGUCUGACCACAAUAUUGGAUUUUUAAUGGAUCAACAGCUCCUGAAGCACACAUCUGUGGCAACACCACUGUUUUAUGUCAUGUAUUCUCUGUAGUCUGAGCUGCAUACAACAACUCAGUGUCAUCCUUGCAAUUACGCUUGUUCAUGUUCACAGUUCGUCACCACUACCGUUAAGAACUAUUUCAAGUAUUAGAGCAGUAUCAAAGGACCUCAGUUGAAAGGCAGUCUGGAGCUGACACUGCACAUAUAUAAACACAAGGAAUUGUAGGACUCCAUAGUCUAGUAUUACUGGCCAAACUUUGUGAUCCAGCGUCCAGUGCUUUUCUUUAAAUCCUCAAUGACGACCUGUUUGAAGAUGUCCGUCAUGAAUUUAGAGUCGAAGAUGGUGACUUUUUGUUCGAAAGAAAAGAGGCCUGACUGUCCCCUCUGGCCUUCAGUCCUCUCUAGGCUACUGUGCUCUGACCAUGGCCACGCUGCACACACUUCUCUUUGGAUGGGACCGAGCCUUUGAUCCAGCGCACUACCACUUCUACCUUCCUCCCACGUUCAUGCUGGUCCUGAUCCUGCCCAUCUCCGUGCUACUGGGCCG